AUGCAACCCUUCCGCAUCUCGGCCACAGGCUACAACCUGAACUACCUCCCUGAAUACAUCGCACUCCGACAUGGCUUCUUCCGUGACCAAGAUCUCCAAGUUUCCGUCACCGUCCCCGUACCCUGGGACGGCGUUCUUGACGCCCUCGCAGAGAAGACGGCGGAUAUCGUGCUCGGCGGCAUCUGGGUCCCGUCAAUGUACCGCGGUCGAGUCCAGAACUACACCGCUUUUGCUCAGAUCGCGAACCGCUGCCCCCUCGCCAUCCUUCGACGAACAAGCAGCAAGGAGUUUGCUUUGGCCGAUGUGGCGAACAAAGCCGUCCUGAUGAAAUCCGGCGGCGGAGCGAGCGUCGGCCUCUUCUUCAAAAUGCUCCUGCGCGAGAACGGCAUCGACGCCCGCUCCGUCGACUACAUCCAAGACCUCGACGGCGUCAUGUUGGGGGACCUCUUCCAGGGCGGCAUGGGGGAUUACUUCGUCACGGACAACCUCUCUGCGCUCGCGAUGGUGUCUCGCAACCCGGACGUCGAGAUCGCAAUGGAAGCGGUCACGCAGGGAGAGAUCCCUUGGAGCGUCUACUAUUACCUCUCUGACACCACCACGGCGGCUCAUCUCGACGCUCAAAGACGCUUCUGUCUGGCUCUCAACAGAGGUAUCGAGUGGGUCCUCGCACACGACGCAGAGACGUUUCGGGACGUCCUUGCAGAUUUGUUUCCGAACGUGCCCGUGGACGUGGCUGUGAAGGUGACGAAUCAGUUCCGUGCGAACGGUAUGUGGACGUCUACGAGGAUCCCUCGCAAGGCUUUUGAUCGUUGGCAGCGAGGGCUUGGGGAUGCCCGUUUGGUCGGAGAGCCGUUGGCGUAUGAGGAUAUCGUCGAUGAUGGAGCCGCGGCGUCUGCAGAGAAUGAGGGACAAGCUGCUGUGAAGAAGAUGAAGGGCUCGUUCAAGCCUGGUUGCGAGAUGAAUAGUAUGGGUAGGGAUGGUCCUAAAGGGGUCGAAGUUACUACUAGGUAG